UUUUUUUUUAACCUCUGCUUUCUUCAUUCCUCACUCUGCCUCUCUCUUCUCUGUCUCUCUCUUUUCUCUACGACUUUAGCUUGUCAAGCCUAUUUAUUUAUUCAUGCAUGUGAUUUGAAAGUGCCCUAGCUUUAUUGCUAUUUUAAUUGUGUUGUUUUUACUUAGCUGCCCCUUCCAAUGAGAAGACGUAAAAGAUGGAGCUUCACAUUUUAGAGCACAGCUUGAAAGUGGCGAGCAUAGAGAAAGAGGGCAUCCAGAUUUGCACCCACGGAUUAAUAAAACUCGCCUUCCUGGCCUCCAAAACAAGGUGCAAGUUCUUCAGCUUGACAGAGACUCCGGAGGACUACACCAUCAUCGUGGACGAGGAGGGCUUUAAAGAGCUGCCAGAGUCGGAGCACAUCAGCGUGGCCGAUGCCACGUGGUUGGCGCUCAACGUGGUGUCGGGCGGCGGCAACGCCUCCAACUCGCAGCCCAUCGGCGUCACCAAGAUAGCAAAGUCGGUCAUUGCGCCGCUGGCCGACCACAACAUCUCUGUGUUCAUGCUGUCCACGUAUCAGACGGACUUCAUCCUGGUCCGUGAGCGAGACCUGCCGAUGGUCAUGCACACCCUGUCUUCCGAAUUCACUUUACUGCGCGUGGUCAACGGAGAGACCGUCGCCGCACACGAUCUGGGAGUGACAAAUGGCUUCGUGAAGCCAAAACUCGUCCCCCGUCCUAUCAUUCACCCGCUGUCCAGCCCCAGCAACAUGUUCUGUGUGACCAGCUUAGACCCGGACACGCUUCCCUCAGUCGCCACCCUCCUUAUGGACGUCAUGUUCUACUCCGCCGGGCCGAAGGAAUCGGGAGCAUCUGUCGAGGACGCCAGCCACAUCCGCUUCUUCUCCUUCUCCCUGAUCGAAGGCUACAUCUCUUUAGUCAUGGACGAACAGACCACUCAGAGGUUUCCAAACAACGUCCUCUUCACCAGCGCUUCUGGCGAGCUUUGGAAAAUGGUCCGUAUCGGGGGACAACCUUUAGGAUUUGACGAAUGCGGCAUCGUGGCUCAGAUAUCAGAACCCCUGGCGACCGCCGACAUUCCAGCUUACUACAUUAGUACUUUCAAGUUCGACCACGCUCUGGUUCCCGAAGAAAACAUCCAGAGCGUGAUCGGCGCUCUGAGGACGGAGAGCGCGGCGUAGCAAAACGGGCAGAAACUGAAGGGUUUUAUCAUUUCCAAAAAAAAAAAAGUGCCAAGAGCUUCUUAGCGGACUACUGAGGAGCGGCUCCGAGAGGAAGGCUUUAGCCACGAAGAGGGCGGGAAUAUUUUCUCCUUUUGUCGCUCGACCAUUUUUUUUUCCUUUCUCUAGCGUCCCCUGCUGGCCCGCCCUGGUAGUUGUGGCUUUAGUUGAGCAGACUGUCCUCUCUGAAGCCCUCACAUGCACCUACUGUGUUAUUACAUGCUCCCUCUAGUGGAAGGAAGACGAAUGUACUCUCGAAAGAAAUAUUAAAAGUCGCCAUUUUUUUUGUUUUGUUUUUCGGACAUGUUAUUUUUGUCAGUGCCAAGGUUGUUUUUUUUUUGUUUUUUUUGUUUGAAUGCCGAAAGUGAUGACGAUGCCUUUUUUGUUGUGCAAUGGACGGAGGGCCAGCGCUUGGCGUUCCGCCGAGGCCUCGCCACGCUCGUUCCGGUGAAAACGUGAAGUUAAACCAUCUCAAGGUGGCGCCAGAGCCGUAACUCGGGACUUCUUUGCGAUUGUCGUAAAGUGAUUGCUGAGUGGAAUAAACGCGGUUACGGCUCUGAGGCGCCCACUUUUGUCGGGAUCUCUGCGUGGAAGAGAUUUGUUUUGAUGCGCUCACACUGUGAACAACAAGUCACUCCCCCAUCGGAAGAUUUUUAUCGCAAACUCUUGUAUUCCGUCUGCGAUGAAAUAUGUAGCAUUAAUCCGCAUGGUGACUACUUGAUGUAGAAAGAAACAUUCUGCAAUUUACAUUCUUUUUUUUUGUCUUUUCGUGUUAAAGGUAAUGUAAUGUAAGUUUUUUUCCGAUUUGUUUUGCGAUUUUUUUUUUCACCCCCGGAAUAUUUGCCUGAGAUGAGUUAAACCAUUAAACUUUCUCAUCUCUUGUGCAAUAUUGUCAACACCGCUGUCAGAUUUAGCUGUUUUACUGUUAAGCAGCGCGUUAGCAUGCCAACACUGACGUGUCAUGCUAAUAAAAAUGGGUGUGCUAACGUAUUUUAGGGAUGAUUAGAAAUUGUUACAUUCUCACAUUUAAGAUAGGUAAAGUCGCUUGUUGCGAUUUAGCCACUUAAAUUGUAUUUUGUCCUGGAUUAAAUUGUCUUGAAAUGA